AUGCACCUUAUUUUCUCUCUCUUCAAGCUCUGGAUCGUGAUCUGUUGGCUUCCUUUUUGUCUCUGCUUCGGAUAUCCAACUGAUGAAAACGGAGCUUCACGGCGUUCUCUUAGCCCACUCUGUAAUGGGCAUGCGGAACUCUGCAGUCGUCGAUACAGCAAUGUGACCUACGUGACCGCCCACAAUAGCCCGUUCAACCAACUCGGUAAUCCCGCAAGUAACCAGGCAGCAAGUAUCGAAACGCAGCUUGAUGAUGGCGUGAGGAUGCUUCAAUUCCAAACUCAUUUUCAGGACAAUGAGCUCCGUCUCUGUCAUACGAGCUGCAAAAUCUUGGACGCUGGUCUUCUCGUGGAUCUGCUGCGGAGGCUGCGAGUCUGGCUGGCAAACCAUCCGAAUGAAGUCGUCAGCGUCCUCAUGGGUAAUGACAACUUCAUCGACGUCGGAAACUACACCGCCCCAAUAGUCAACUCGGGCUUGAUCGAUUAUGUGUACCACCCACCCGCCGCGAACCUAGAUCUCGACGCAUGGCCCACCUUAGGGGACAUGAUUCAGAAUAAUUCCCGAGUGGUAAUGAUGUUGGACUACAAGGCCAACUUUACCCAUGUGCCCUACAUUCUUGAUGAAUUUCUCGUCAUGUGGGAGACGAAAUUCUCUCCCACGGACCCAUCGUUUCCGUGCACCCCUGAACGACCACCUCAUCAGAGCGACGAGGUCCGGCGGACAAAGAUGAUGCUGAUGAACCACAAUCUCAACCAAAAUUUUUCUAUCGAAGGUGUCGAAAUUCUCGUCCCUUACUGGACCAAACUGGACCAAACUAACGCGGAUCAUGGAAACGGUAGUGUCGGUGACGCAGCCCGUCACUGUGAGACCGCCUGGUCUCGAUCUCCAAACUUUUUAUUGGUUGACUACUAUGAGGAUGGAAACUACCCUGGGUCGGUGUUUACUGUAGCGACUGAGGCGAACAGUUUAACGUACGCGCACUCCGGUAGCUCUGAUCAACUUACGGCUAAGAUCACAGACGUGAUAUUCGUGUAUCUUGGCAUCGUUCUGAUCUUCAUGCUGCCAUGGAGUUAA